CACGCUUCACCGAAAGACAGGAAAACGUUUGUUUUCUUUUUUUUUUUCCCUCCUCUGCCCAACUUCCCUGAACACUUCCCCUGCAGACUGCAUGCGCGAGGAAUGCGAACUAUUCGAGGUGGCUUCACAUUUACCGGCGGAAUGACGCAAUAAGUUUUUGGCGUUUGUCGAGCGCGCGCGCACACCCACGCAGACCCGAACAAAGCAGACACGCGCGGAAACUGCACUCGGAUCUGAUCACUCCACGCCGCUCCGCUUCGCACGUGCGUCAUGUAAAGAAAAAAGAAAAAAAAAGAGAAAGAGGGGGAAAAAAAGAAAGGAGGAACAUCAAAAAAGUUGCGUGAAAACUUCAAAGUUCGAGCCAGCGCGCGCGCGCAUGCGGUCGGCGACAGUGUUGAUGACCUGGCGGGCCGCGCGCCUGCUCGCCCUCGCGCUCGCGUGCUUGCAGGUAGUCGGUGCGCGCGGGACUCAGGCGCGAGCCGCGCAGUCGCCGCGCGCGACCAGCACGCGCCGGGACGAUUUGUUCCGCCAGGAAAAGGUCGUCAUGGUGACAGCAGGCGGCCAGAUCCAGAGCCCGCGGUACCCAAAUGCCUAUCCGCGCAACCUCUUGCUGUCGUGGAAACUGCUGGCCCCGCCCUUUACGCGGGUGUUUCUGGAGUUUGAUGGGAGGUUUGGGUUGGAGGAACCUGACAACAACAUGUGCAGACAUGAUUUUGUGGAGGUUGUUGAAAUUUCCGAAAGCAGCACCAUCACUUGGGGCCCUUGGUGUGGACGGAAAGCCCCGAGUCCCAUCACAUCAAAAAACAACAUGAUCAGAAUCACGUUCAAAUCGGACGACUUCUUUGUCGCCAAGCCGGGAUUCAAACUCUGUUACUCCCUGCUGGUUGAUGCUCCUCCAUCUUUUUUGAAUAACUUGGAGGCUGUCACAGCUGUGCCAGAUGACGUGUCCGUCUCAAACGCUCCUAUGUCAGCUGAUGCUUUGGAUGAUAUAAUUUCGGGGUUCAGCACAGUGGAGGAGGUUCUUAGACACCUGAACCCACAGACGUGGAGACAGGAUUUAAACUCUAUCUACACGCAUGCAAAUACACCGCAGUACAUACCGCGGAGCUACUAUGCCAGCCGUGCAAGUAAACUUGAUCUGGAUCGCCUGCACGAGGACGUGAGGCUGUACAGCUGCACUCCGCGUAAUUUUUCCGUAAACCUGCGAGAGGAGUUGAAGGCCACCAAUGCCGUGUUCUUCCCGCGAUGCCUCUUGGUGAAGCGCUGUGGCGGGAACUGUGCCUGCGGGACAGAACAUUGGAACUUCUGCACCUGUAGUCCUGCCAAAACAGUCAGCAAGCUUCAUGAGGUGCUGAAGUUCUCACCCGGAACUAAUUUCUACCGAAAGAAAAGCAGAGCACGCUGGGUUCUCGAGGAAAUCAACCUGCAGCAUCACGAGCGAUGCGAGUGUGCGUGUCACUCACGGCCACCUCGAUGAGACACACACACACACACACACACACACACACACACACACACACACACACACACACACACACACACUCAGUAUUUCAAACAUUAACUGAUGUAUCUUUUCUCUUCGUUUGUCUGUACUUUUACAGUAGUAAAGUUGUCUGUAGUUUUUAUUUGACUUCACACACUAUUAUUUAUUUCUGUUUUAUGUUUAUUGUCUUGAAAACAAAGGAAAUGGGACUAAUCCAAGACUGGUCCUAAUUUUGCACUCGUACACAAACACACCCACACACAUUUUCCUUGUUUCAGGAAGAUGAAAGUAAAAGCCAUAGGAGUGUGUUUUCACUCGUACCAGCCUUUUCUAAAACACACACACACUCCACAACCAGAGCUCUGUUUUCUCAAUCAUUUGUUUAAAAAAACACAACAAAUAAACCGAUUUUGAAGCUUCA